GAAUAUAUGGUCUGCCGCAUACCAACAAUAACACAUAAAGGUUCUGCAUUUAAUUCAUUCUCCGUCACCCCAUGUGACUCCUUUCAUUUCACUUUCUUGUUCUUGCCCAGACACUCACCUCUUCCUUUCUCAUAAUCUUUCUUCUUCUUCUUUUCACCAACCGCUUUCACUUUCACUCAACACUUAAAAUCUCACCAACCUCUUCAAAAUAUCAAUGAAUUGACUCUGUUUUCUCUGUCAAUGGCCAAUUCUCUUAGUUUUAUCUUCUUUACCUUCCUCUUUGUUCAUGCUUCUUCCCAACAAAAUGAACUCUACUACCCUGGUUUUAAAAAUCUUGAUCCCAACAUCACACUCACAGGCAAUGCACAGAUUCAAAAAAAUGGUCUUCUUCGUUUAACUAAUGAAACCAGCAGAUUGUUGGGCCAAGCUUUUUAUCCCACUCCAUUUCAGUUCAAGAACUCAACUACCAACAAAUCUUUCUCCUUCUCAACUUCUUUUGCUUUAGCUAUAGUUCCUGAGUAUCCGAAACUCGGUGGGCAUGGCCUCGCGUUCGCAAUCUCAGCUUCGAAGGUUCUAUACGCUCUCCCGAGUCAGUAUCUAGGUCUUCUCAAUGCAACCGAUUUUGGUAACUGGACGAAUCAUCUUCUCGCGGUUGAAUUCGACACGGUUCAAGAUUUCGAAUUCGGGGACAUUAAUGAUAACCAUGUUGGUGUUGAUAUUAACAGCUUGAGGUCUAAUGCCUCUGCUGUUGCUGCUUAUUAUACUGAGAGUUCUUCAAAGGUGGAUUUGAAUCUCAAGAGUGGUAAACCAAUUCAGGUUUGGAUUGAUUAUGAUUCAACUCAGAAUCUUCUCAAUGUAACUAUUUCACCAACUUCCAAGAAACCAAGAUUGCCAAUCUUGUCAUAUUCUGUAAAUCUUUCACCAAUUGUUCAAGAUUAUAUGUAUGUUGGAUUCUCUGCUUCAACUGGUUUGCUUGCUAGCUCACAUUAUAUCUUGGGAUGGAGCUUUAAAAUGAACGGAGAAGCUAAACCUUUGGAUCUUUCUUCACUGCCUUCAUUACCAGCAACUUCAAGAAACAAGCAUUCAGGUUUAACAAUUUUAAUCAUAGUCUCAUCGGUUAUUUUUGCGGCUAUUGCGCUAUCUUUCGCUGUCGUUUACGUGGUUAAAAAGAUUAGAAAUGCUGAUGUGAUUGAAGAUUGGGAGCUUGAAAUUGGGCCUCAUAGAUACUCCUAUCAAGAACUGAAGCAGGCCACCGGUAAUUUCAGCGAAAAACAGGUGCUCGGGCAUGGCGGAUUUGGUAAAGUUUAUAAAGGUAUUUUACCGGAUACAAAGCUUCAAGUCGCGGUAAAGCGAAUUUCGAACGAGUCGAAACAAGGUAUACGCGAAUUCGUAUCAGAAAUCGCAAGUAUUGGCAGGCUUCGUCACAGAAAUUUAGUUCAAUUACUCGGUUGGUGUCGUCGAAAAGAGGAUUUUCUUUUAGUUUACGAGUACAUGGCUAAUGCAAGUUUAGAUAGAUUCUUGUUUGAUCAACCAAAAAUGAUAUUAAACUGGGAUCAAAGAUUCAAGAUUAUCAAAGAUAUUGCUUCUGGGCUGCUUUAUUUACACGAAGGCUACGAACAAGUGGUAAUACACAGAGAUAUUAAGGCCAGCAAUGUUCUACUAGACACUGAACUAACCGGCAAACUUGGUGAUUUCGGGUUAGCAAGAUUAUAUGAGCACGGGUCUAACCCGAAUACAACUCGGGUCGUUGGGACACUAGGUUAUUUAGCACCGGAGAUGCCGAGAACAGGAAAGGCAACGGCUAGUUCAGAUGUGUAUGCAUUUGGGGCGGUCUUACUAGAGGUGGCUUGUGGGCGGAGACCCAUUGAACCUAAGUUGUCUGCGGAGGAGAUGGUGUUGGUGGAUCGGGUAUGGGAAAUGGUUAGGCAAGGGAAAGCGGGUGAUGUGGUGGAUCCAAAGCUAAAUGGGGUGUUUAAUGAGAGUGAAGUGAUGAUGGUGUUGAAAUUAGGGUUAAUGUGUUCGAAUAAUGGGCCCAUGGGUAGGCCAACCAUGAGAGAGGUGGUGAAGUAUUUGGAUGGUGAAGUCGGGUUGCCUGAGGAUGUGACGGGUCGUGACGGUGAUGGUGACGGCGGAAAGGGGAUUAUUAGUGGUGGGGGAUUUGAUGAAUUUGUAGAGUCGUUUGCUUCUUCUUCGUUUGAUAAAACGACUAGGUCGUUUUCUCCGCUUUCACUUCUGAAUGUUAGUGGAGAAACGAGGUAGUAGAGUAGUAGACUAGAUAUUGAAUGGUGACAUAAAUUCUCUAGUGUCAUGCUCUGUUUUGAUAGGCGCAUUAGCACUCAUGAAAUAUCAUGGGUUAUAGUGAAAUUUAUUUCUCUUUUAAUUUUUUUUCUUUUUUACCUUCUCAAUGAUUAAUGAUAUGGCCAAAUAUUAUGGACUAAUUUGUUUAUUUGAA